CCUGGCACAUCAAGACAGACCAGUUCCAAGGGCUUGUACAGCCGUCACUCAAAAUGAUCUUGUCGGCAUUAUGUUUUAUUUUGGCUGUUCACUUGUUUGAUAACCAAUAUACAAAUGCCAAUGACUGCAUUGUGGAUAAUAUGUCCGUUCAGAAGGAUUUGGAUUUGGAUAGGUAUGUUGGUAAAUGGUAUGAAUACCAGUGGUACACACGAGUGUAUUAUCCCCCAGAAAAGAGGUUCAGAGACUACAGCCAUAACUACAUACAGACAGCUAGUGGGAAUGUCACCAGCUACGCGAUUGGUAGAGAUCCGAGAAGUUUAGAUGGUAAAUGCUUUUUGGGGCACUCCACUCUGAUUCCUACUAAAAGUGCAGGAAAAUUCAUCUACUCAAGUGAUCAAAGUCCCUACUGGGUGAUGGAGACUGACUAUACUCAAUACGCCUUCGUCUACGGCUGUAAAAGCGUCUUCAGUAAUGGAACAUGUAAUAAAGCUAAGGCCUGGAUAUGGAGUCGAACCCCUACCUUUCCACAGAUCAUAAUGGAGAGAGCUCCUUCAUUCCAAAACACAACCUGCCUACCUGCCUCAUCAUUUUUGGACACAGAGCAAGAUAAGGAAUGUGAUUUAGCUGCACAGUACAAGACGAUACUCGGACAGUCGUGUGACAUUUCUGAGCUACAAAUGCAAAAAGAUUUCGAUGAAAGGAGGUAUCGGGGGAUCUGGUAUGAAAUUAAACGACUGUCGCAGACAUCCGUCCCAUCAUCAGAUCGCAUCCAUGACUACCAGCAUGAGUACCUAGUGCGAGUUGAUGGGGAGCUCUCUGUGUUCAUCAGAGGAAGGAGAAGGAACAGUUGCUUCUACAAAGAAAAAGUCCUCCAGACAUCAGAAACGGCUGGAAAACUUACAUUUCGAGCUGUCGAUGGUCCAGAACAGUAUCCACACUGGAUCGCUGACACCGACUACGACAACUACGCCGUCGUGUAUGGAUGCCUCAAUGUGAGCUCCAAUGGGGAAUGUUCAGUUGCCAGAUCCAGCGUAUGGAGCCGUCGUCCUACUCUGGCUCCACAUUUCCAGUACCGGGCCAACACCGUCCUCCAGAACCUGUGUGUGAACCCUGCAGCCUUCCUACUGACGCCACAGACUAAUGCCUGCCCUGCCUACGAUAGCCAGUCCCGAUGUGGAACGCCAACUAACAGGGGAACUACCUACACAGCCAACCUGUCAAUGGCGGUUGUUGGAAUAACACCGAUGCUGAUGUCAACUAUACUGAUGUACAAUAACAUGUGAUGCUCUUCAAUCAUUUCGAGAGAAGAUGGAUUAUGACAAUGACUCACACUGAAAAUAAUGAAAAUUCUCUGAAUGACAUCGAUAAAAUAAAGCAUAUCUUCCAUUGUAAUCAGAGGUUUCAAAGAGCAUUAUAAUAAAACAUAUC